AUGCAAAUUAAUAGUUUCGGCGAUGAGAUUCCCAUCGCGUUUACGUCCCGCACGCUCAAUAAGUGUCAAUGUAGUUAUUCGGUGACAGAAAAGGAAUGUCUAGCUGCCAUCAUGAGUACUAAAAAGUUUAGAGCGUAUGUGGAAGGUCAUGACUUCACCGUAGUCACAGACCACGCCUCGUUGAAGUGGCUAAUGUCCCAGUCCGAUCUUAGUUGCCGCUUAGCUCGUUGGGAUCUCAAGCUGCAGGGCUAUUCGUUCAAGAUACAGCAUAGGAAGGGUACUCAGAACGUGGUACCAGAUGCUUUGUCACGCACGUUCACUGAGGAUUUGUCUGCACUUAAUGUUGAGCAUUUUAUAGAUUUGGAUUCCGAGCACUUUAACUCUGAGGAAUAUGAGAAGUUGAAGGCUAAGGCUGUGGAGAACCGUUCACAUUUACCGGAUGUCAAAGUUAUUGAUAAAUUUGUGUACCGCCGUUCGGAGCAUGCACCCGGAGAAAAGCUAGCUCCCACUUUCCUAAAGGCUAGAAUAAGACGUAAACUUGGCAAUUGUUACUAUGAGCUUGAGGAUUUGCAAGGCCGCCCUGUUGGUAAAUUUCACGCCAAGGAUAUAAAGCAAUAG